UAUCUUAACGUACAAAGUUAAAUUAUUCCAUAAGUAGUUCUGAUUAACAAUACAACUCAGUUGAAAAUUAACGUGUAAAUAAAGCAGAGAAUACGAAAGGUUUGCAAUUAAUCUUGCUUUUGUUUGGAUUACAGCUUUACAAAGCAAUAGAUCGGAAGAGUUGACGCGGAUGUCUAGUGGUUUCUUCAAGACCCGAAAAACUGCAGCGAGAAGGUCGGCGAGAGUUAAUAGUAAACAAUCAUCAUCUUCGUCUGAAAUCAAGAAAGUACAUCCAUCGCCUCAACUCACUCUGCGACCGCUGUUCUUUGAAGUUCCUUCAUCAGAUGGACAAAAUUUGUUUUCUGGGCGUCAGUGGCUCAUGAAGGAUAUGGGAAAAGCAUUAGAUUCUAGUGCAUCUGGUAUAUUGAUCUCAGGCUGCCCAGGUACAGGUAAAACGGCUUUGAUUCUUCAACUGGUGGAAUUCUCCUGCUUCGGGCGGAAGAGAAAUUACGAGUAUGAGGAACUUAGAGAACAAUCAGACAUAAGGGAGCUUUUACCUGAAGAAUUAACAGCUGGGAUGCUUACCCACUUAGCAUCACACGUCGUUGCUUACCAUUUUUGUCAAGCCGAUAACAAUAGUACUUGCCUGGUGGGUGAAUUCGUUCAUUCUCUCGCUGCUCAACUCUGUCAAGCUCCCAGACUAUUAGCCUACAGGGAAUACUUACUGAGCGAACCGCAUUUAUUAGCUUGUUUGUCAUUAAAAGAGUGUAUCGCAGAUCCAGACUUAGCUUUUAUGAGAGGAAUAAUAGAACCUUUGAAUAUAUUGAGAAAAAAUGAGAGCAUAGAUUCUGGUAACAGUAUAAUACUUGUAGACGGUCUUUGCGAAGCAGAAUAUCAUAGACCUGAUCACGGAUACACAAUUGCUUCGUUUCUAGCAAGACAUGUACCAGAAAUGCCUUCGUGGCUCAAAGUUAUAGCUACAGUAAGAACACAUUUCCUCGAACUUACAAAACAGCUACCGUAUUCUAGGCUAAGCCUUGACGAAUCUGAUAAUGUUAAUAAAGACUUGUUGGAAUAUUUCAAUGCUAGAGUACAAGCUGCACCUAUUAUAGAAACGAACAUAAAAUGCUCUACAGGGAAAUCGGAAGGAGUUCACAAUUCUGUAUUAAAAUUUGCACAAUACGUGCUACACCUGAGCCAAGGCUCGUUCCUGUUCCUGAAAUUAAUAUUAGAUUUAUUAGAAAGAAGUCAUAUUGUUGUGAAAUCGACGAACUACAAAGUGGUGCCUAUAUCAUUGGCUCAAAUAUUUUUGCUCCAGUUCAACUUAAGAUUUCCAACGAUACAGUCGUUUGAAAAAAUCACUCACAUUUUGAGUGUAUGUUUAGCUGCUCUCUAUCCGUUGACACUAGUUGAGAUUUACUAUUCGGUGAACUCUUUAUUAGUUAACACUUUUCUCCCUUGGGAAGAAUUUUGUGAUAGAUUCGAAAGCCUUUCCGACUUCCUAAUAAAGAGAAUCGAUAACACAUACAUGUUUUUCCAUCCUUCGUUCAGGGAGUGGCUUAUACGUCGAGAUGACAACGAGAGCUCAAAAUUUCUCUGUGAUUUGAGGGCUGGCCAUUGCGGCAUUGCAUAUAGAUUAUCAAGAGUACAAGCUCCCCUAGAUUCUGAAAAGACAAUGGAAUUGGGUCAUCACAUAUUAAAAGCUCAUAUGUAUAGGAAUUUAGGUCCAGCACAACUCGGUUUAUGUCCGAGGGAUUUGCAAGCUAUGAUGGUAGCGACUAGCUCUGCUAGCGUCGGGGAAGCUAUUGCUAAUCUAAGAAAUAUAUAUACGCCUAAUGUGAAAGUGUCUAGAUUGAUGUUGCUAGCUGGUGGUUCACCUAAUCAGAUUACGGAUUGUCUCGGAAACGCACCUUUAUUGUGUAUGUACGCAUAUCAAGGCAUUCUGUCUAUGGUUGGACUGUUGAUCGAGUUUGGAGCUGAUCUUGAAAUGACGAACUCGCAAGGUUGCACAGCUCUAUCUUUGGCGUGUCAAAGGGGUCAUACUGAUGUUGCGAGGAGACUUAUUGCUGCAGGUGCAUCUCUCAGUCACACGGACACGGCGGAGCAGACGCCGCUGGUGCACGCGGCCAAGAACGGCCACCGCGACACCGUGAUGUACCUGCUCGGCUGCCAGCUGCACCACCUGCUGCCCGGCGCGCGCCACGCGCUCGUCGCCGCCGCCCACAACGGACACCUCGACAUCGUCGACUACCUGCUCGACACUGCCGAGUUGAUACCUGACGGUAUCUGUCCAGUAACAGGCGAGACAGCCCUUACAGCCGCUUGUUCAUCUGGUAAUGCUGCAAUCGCCGACGCGCUACUAGUGCGAGGUGCCACUCCAUAUUCAUUGAAUGCCAGACAGAUGUCGCCACUAGCACUCGCUGCGAAGAACGGACGGACUGCCCUAGUGCUUAGACUGUUAGACUCCGGAGCGGAUGUUAUGGGCACCGAAGGAAAAAAUCCACUAGUUUUGGCUGCUGCCGAGGGACAUGCCGACGUCGUAGAGAUGCUAUUAAAUCAUGGUGCUGAUCCAGAUGCUGUGGAUGCUGAUGGUGUUUCGGCGUUGGGCUGGGCGUGUUUAAGAUCUAGAAUUACAACGAUGGUUAUGUUACUUGAUAGAGGAGCUACUGUUGAUCAACCUGAUCGAAGUGGAAGAACUCCUCUUGGUCUCGCAUGUGGUGGGCCAGUGGAUUUGGUUGAGAUUCUGCUGGAACGAGGAGCUUCCUUAGAAAAAGUCGACAAUAGCGGAUUAAGGCCCCUGGACAGGGCUAUUGGACAACGAAAUGUUCACGUCGUCAACUGCUUUUUAAGAAAAGGAGCCAAACUAGGCCCAACCACAUGGGUUAUGGCGUCAGGCAAACCAGAAUUUAUGCUGAUCCUACUAAACAAGUUGUUAGAAGACGGAAAUAUGCUUUACCGCAAGAAUCGACCUUCGGAAGCCGCUCACCGCUAUCAAUACGCCUUGAAGAAGAUCAACACUCUCAUUAACGACGAAGGUCUGACAGCAUCCGGCAGUCAACCGGUACCGCACGAACAUUUAUCAUCUUUUGUGCAACUGAAAACACAUCUGCUGCUCAACUUAUCGAGAUGUAAAAGGAAACUAAACGAACCGUCAGAAGCAUUGGACUUAGCAGCCCGCGCUUCAGUAUUACGACCGAACGCAUUCGAAUGUGCAUACGCUAUGGCGAGAGCGAUACUUGCACUUAACAAACCCUCCGAAGCACUUCCUCAUGCCAGGAGAGCGCUCCUCCUCGCUCCUACCACCGAUUUUGCAGCUGUUAGGACACUAAAGGCUUUACAACAGGAGAUUCUCACAAGGAUCAACGUUGGGGCCCAUAGUUUAAAUGGAGACAAUAGAUCAAUGAGAAAUUUUGACACGAUCAGUCUCAAUAUGCCGUAAGAGCCUUAAAAUAAUAGCUUUACAAUAAUGUAUAUUUUUCCCGCCUUAUUUUUAGUGUUAUUUUAUGCAGUAGCAGAAAGUUUUCGUGAAAUGCUAAAACUAUGAACCUUCAUCAAUUAAAUAUACAAAAUUUGCUAUAAAAAUGGUUAAGAAUUCAAAGAGACAUUUGAAUAUUUAGUUGUUGAAAAAGAACUUUUCAAAGUACACUUUAUUCCUAAGGCAGGUGAAAAAUAAUGCUCACAUAAUAAUUUGUUUCAAAGCCUAUUUUUUCGCCUGCCCUAAGUAUGUAUACGUAAAGUAACUUCUACAAUAAAUUGUUUGUACUAUGAUGUAUUUCUUAUUGUAUACUUUUACAUAUUUGUUGUAGAUAGUGAUAUAUUUAAUGUAAUGAUAAAACAUUGACUUUAUGUAAAUAAUUUUGAUCCUACAUAUAUCACUGUGAGUGUACAGUAUAACUUUAGAGUAAGUCUCGAAUACGUUUAUCUUUAUUAUGUUUUAUAAUGCUUGCCAUUUAUAUAUUUUUGGAUGCUUUAAUUUUUUUGUUAAAAAUUUAAAAAUGUACCUCUUUCUAUCAAUAGAUUGACUAUUCAAUUGGUGCCUUUUUUUAUUCAAAUAGAUAAUAGAAAAAAAUGCAAUUUAAGUUAACCUAAAGUUUGUUGUUUUAUUUAAGUUAAUUUUGAGUUAAACUCGUAUGCCCAUACACUUGCUUCUAUUUUAAUUUAUUGAAAAUUAUGAUUACGCAUUAUUUAAACUAAAAUAUGUUUAUGAAAAUUUGACUUUUGUGCGUUUUUGUAUGUGCGAAAUGUAAUAAUUAUGUAAAGGAUCUAUUUAUUUAAUAUUUUCAUUAAAAUAUAUGAUAUAAAAUGUUUUUGCCAUUGUAAUAAAUGCGAUAUGAUUGAUGAUGAUAUUAAAAGAAUAUGCGAUAUCUACUUCAAAAUAAUAAGGCUGGCUAUUUUUAUAGCUUGAGGCUGGUCUGUAUUUCGACUGGUUUAAAAUUUAUAAAUAUAUUAUCUGAAAAAUAAACUUCUAAUUUCAUAAAUAAUGUUCAAAAUAUAUAUAUUGAAGACUGACAGUAAAAUAAAAAUUGGUGAAAUAAUCAGAUAAUAGGUACGUUUAUAAAAGUGUAGACGGUUAAGAAAAUUAUAAGUACAAUAAUAGCUAAUAUGACAG